AUGGCGGGCCACGAGGAGUUCCAGCUCUUCGACCAGUGCCGCGUUUGCAUCGUCUGCUCCAAAGACCUGUCUCUUGAUGCUGCACACCAGUAUGCAUCACUGCUUGAAGAAAACGGCGGCGAAUCAGUCAUCUACGAACAACCAGCCACUUUCCCCCCGCUAGAGGAAUUCACCCACCUCGUGUCCUCCACUAUCGACUUCCCGGCCUUCGACACCGCCAAUGACUCCCUGAUCCCCGUCGUAAAACCGCAGUGGCUGCAGGCCUGUCUCUCGAAGCGAAAAUUGGCCAACCCCCGGCAAUACAGUCCCGAUCCUCGUCUGUUUCUGAACGACGUGGUCGUCACCUGCGGGGACAUCCCGGAGGGCGAUAAGGAUGCCAUCGUGGGUGGCGUGCUAGCGAAAGGUGGGCUGUAUAGUCCUCGCAUGACGCAUAUGGUCACCCACCUGGUGGACUUGACUGUGGAUUCCGACAAGGCUCGCAUCGCGAUUACCAAGAAGUUACAUGCCAGAAUCGUUCUGCCUCACUGGUUCGACGACUGCCUAAAACUCGGAAGACGAAUUGACGAACGCCCGUAUACGCUCCCCGACCCGGAAAUCCUACGUGCAGGUCCCGACGCGCCGAUCCGAUCUGUCGAAAAUCGCGAUAUCGUCGGUGCGUCGACGCCGGAGCCGACUACUCUCCCGAACGUGAUGUCUCCCAAUGUUCGACCGAAACUUGAUGUGUUUGAAGGGAAGCAGGUGAUGCUGUCUACAGAUCUUGGAAUUGGUCCGCAUUUGAUAGAGUCGAUUGGCGAGAUCAUCAAGCAGGGCGGAGGCACCAUGACUUCUGAUGUCUCGGAAGCAGACCUCUUGAUCUGUCGCUACAGAGAAGGCGUGGCCUAUCGGAUGGCGUCUCGGUUGGGCAAGGACGUUGGGAACCUGUCCUGGUUGUACCAUCUGAUGACCUACAACACCUGGACAUCGCCCCUCCGGCGACUCCUACACUACCCAGUCUCGCGAACCGGCAUCCCGGGAUUCAAAGGGUUCAAAAUCAGUCUGUCGAACUACGUCGGAGAAGCCCGAGCCUACCUGGAGAACCUCAUCGCAGCAACCGGCGCCGAAUGCACCAAGACGCUGAAGCAGGAUAACACUCACCUAGUAACGGCGCACGGGAACAGUGAAAAAUGUAGCGCAGCGAGGGAGUGGGGUCUUCAGGUCGUCAACCACCUCUGGCUCGAAGAAUGCUACGCAAAAUGGAAACUACUACCCGUCUCGGACAACCGCUACAAUCACUUCCCCCGCAGGACCAACCUCGGCGAAGUAGUCGGACAAACGCGACUGGACAAACAGGUGCUGGAAACCAUCUUCUACCCUUCGGAAGACUCAACGGAACCAUCUGCGCCUCGACCCAUGCAAGUGAAAAACCAGAACACCACUGCUACCGCAGCAGCCAAACAACCCCUGUCGGAGAAAGCAUCGGAGCAGGACAGCGAAAUGUCAGAGGCCCGGUCCACCACCACGCCACGCGCGUCGGCGAAGUCGCGAAAGAACUCGGACAGUAAAAAGUUGCAGACGCCGGCACGGAUGCGGCUCACGUCUGAAGGCAAGGAGAAUGAAACCCCGUCGUCAACGAGCAGUCGAAAGUCAAAGGAUGCCGCCACUGCCCGUCUUCAUGACUACGCCCCGGAUUUGGCCUUGUAUGAAAAGGAGAGGAAGCGCGUCGGGGGCGUCAUCUACGGAGGCCGUCGAGUGACAGACGAGGACCGCGUGGUGUUGAACAACAGCAAAAAGCGAAGAUCGUUGGAGGCCGAGGACGACCACGAUGAAGACGAAACAGCAGAGGCCAAACGACAGAAGAAGGCCAAGCCGCCUAUUACCAUGCAUCUGUUGAUUACUGGGUAUCAGAAAUGGGUGGGAAAUCUGAAGAAAGAGGACGCAGACAAGCGACAACUUCGGGACCUCGGCAUCAUGGUCGUCCAGGACGCCCGGAAAUGUUCCCAUCUCGCCGCUCCGUCUAUUCUGCGGACGCCCAAGUUCGUCAACGCGCUUGCGUACGGGCCCGUCAUCGUGAAUGUCGAGUUCAUCACAGCAUGUCUCAAGAAGAACGAGCUUGUGGACCCGGAGGAAUUCCCUCUGAAGGAUGAAGCUGCGGAGAAGCGGUUCGGAUUCUCGUUGGAAGAAGCAAAGGCUAACGCUAAGAACAACAAGAACCGGCUUCUGCAGGGGUACAAGAUCCACUGUGUGGAGUCCAUUCGUGGCGGCUUCGAUGCCUUCAAAUCCAUCGCUGAUGCUAAUGGAGGAGAUUGUUCACUCUUCCGCGGACGUGUCUCGUACCAGUCUCAACGAGAAGAAAGCGACGAGGCCAGCUCGGCAGAGGAAGAAGAUCCCAGUCGGAAAGAAAUAUACCUUCUCAGCAGCGUGGCCGCUGAUCAUCGCAAACUGUGGCCUCGCUUCCGACAGUUGGCCCAAAGCGUGCACAAGACGCCGCGAAUUGUGCGUGUGGACUGGCUUCUGGACAUCGCCAUGUCCCAGACCCUGCACCCCGCGGACGCAUAUGAGUUGACUGAAGAGAUGGCUGACAAGUUCGAGGAAUAA